GUUUACUUUAGCUCAACUGCGCGAAAACCUCUCUUUCUCUCUCUCUCUCUCCGGCGAUGGCUUCCGGUGACCAGAGCAAGAAGAGAAAACAGCAUUAUCGCCCGCAAAACAGACCAGUGAAGAAGAAGGGAUCUUACCCUUUGAAGCCAGGCGUUCAAGGUUUCUUCAUCUCUUGCGAUGGUGGACGCGAAUACCAAGCUUCUCAGGAAGCUAUUAACGUCAUUGAUUCCUUUUUCGAGGAGCUAAUACAGGGGACCGACUCGAAAGUUAAUCCUGGUUUGUUUGACAACCCAAUAAACAAAAAAGUUACAUUUUCGUAUAGCGAGGAUGAGGAUGAUGAGGAAGAUGAGAGUAAUUAUGGCGAGGAAGAGGAGAACAAAGGGGAUGGAGAUAAGGCAGUAGUGAGUGAAGGCGGUAAUGAUCAAGUGAAUGAGAAAGAAAUAGCUAGUGAAGGGUCAUGUGAAGUCAAAAAAUUGGCAGAAAAUGAGACUGAAAAAGAGGAAGAAGAUAAAGGGAAUCAGAAGAACGGUGGAGAUGAACCUCCAAGAAAGAAGACAUGUACGGAAGAAGCAAAUCCUUUAGCAAAAGUAAAUGAAAAUGCGGAGAAGUCUAUUGAUAAGUUGAUUGAAGCUGAACUAAAAGAACUUGGGGACAAGAGUAAGAGACGGUUCAUGAAGUUAGAUCCGGGUUGCAACGGUCUGGUCUUCAUCCAAAUGAAAAGGAGAGAUGGUGACCCAAGUCCCAAAGAUAUUGCACAGCAUGCAAUGACAUCUGCUGCUGCCACAAAAAAGCAUAUGUCAAGGUUCAUCCUAAGACUUCUACCAAUUGAAGUAUCGUGUUACCCUUCAGAGGAAGAAAUUUCAAGAGCCAUCAAGCCUCUUGUAGAACAAUACUUCCCCAUUGAGACCGAAAAUCCCCGGAAAUUUGCUGUGUUGUAUGGAGCACGUGCUAACACAGGGCUUGAUAGGAUGAAAAUAAUAAACACGAUCGCCAAAUCUAUUCCUGCCCCUCACAAAGUUGAUUUGAGCAAUCCAGAGAUGUCGAUCGUGGUGGAAGUUGUUAAGACAGUUUGCUUAAUUGGAGUGGUAGAGAAGUACAAGGAGCUAGCAAAGUACAACCUCAGGCAGCUCACGUCGACCAAUUGACACAAUCUCCUCUUCUUCUAUUUUUACCUAUGUUUUGUUUGUUAAGACUGGAGAUGCUCUGUGUUUACUGGAAGUGUUAUAGAGUUCUGGCUCAACUUAUUAAAAUGGCUGAAGUUGCCCUUUAGAUCAAUAAAGGGCAACUCUGAUCAAUAAAGUUUUUCCUUUGAUGAAGUUUGUUCA